AUGAUAUGCUUUGGUACAGAUGAUCUAGAUGUCGUCAGUGUUCCAAGGCUCUUACCCCCACCAUUUGAAGACAAAGCUGAACAAAUUCAGCACAUUGCAUGUGGCCAGCAACAUACCCUCAUUGCCCUCAAAAAUGGACGCACCUAUUCCUGUGGUAGUAAUGAUUACAGACAACUUGGACACGAUAAAUCGGGAAACAGAUUAGUUCGUGUCUCUGCAUUGGACAAUUUACAUGUCAGCCGGUUGGCUUUGGGUAUGUCCCACAGUUUAGUCUUGCACCGUGGGGGUGAGAUUUACAGCUGGGGGGACAACAGCCGUGGGCAGCUUGGGAGGGCUGCAGUUGAUGAUGAUGAAUGGUGGCGGAUUCCCAAAUUGGUGAAAGAAUUAGCCUUGCACACUGUGAUACAAAUAAGUAGUGGGUUUUACCAUUGUAUAGCUCUGACAAAUGAUGGAGAUGUAUGGUGCUGGGGUGCCAACAACCAUGGUCAGCUAGGUGUUGGAACAAACACUGAAUACUGUGAUAGACCGCAGCAUUUACAGUGUCUGCGUGGCAUCCCUGUGGCACAAGUUGCUUCAGGGGCCUACCAUAGUUUUGUUUUGUCAAAGUCUGGAGCCCUUUUUGGAUGGGGCCGAAACUGCUUUGGGCAGUUGGGUUUGAAUGAUGAAAUAGAUCGUAAUACGCCCACUUUUUGUAAAUUUCUCAAAAAUCAAAGACUUAAAUACAUAUCAUGUGGAGAGAACCAUACUGCAGUAUUAACUCAGGAAGGCGGUGUCUACACAUUUGGAGCUGGAGGCUAUGGUCAAUUAGGCCAUGGCACUACACACAGUGAAAUUAUUCCCAAAAUGGUGAUGGAGUUAAUGGGGACACCAAUUACUCAGGUUGCUUGUGGUCGACGCCAUACUCUUGCAUACACGCCUGACAAUGGCCGGAUUUAUGCUUUUGGACUUGGUAGCACUGGGCAGCUAGGACUUGGCACAACUGACAACCGGACGAGUCCUUUUCCAAUAAAAGGGUGUUUUGUGUCUGCUCAACAGCCAGACUCUGAUUUAAUGGAAACAGAUGCUGAUGCUACACCUUCCUCUUCGUCGCAAUAUGUUGUUAAACGAAUCUAUUCUGGUGGGGAUCAUUGCUUUGUGAUAUCUUCUUCAUCAGACUUAUCAAUCCCUCCUGAUGAUCUUCGAUUGCACAACUAUGAACAGCAGCCCCUCACCCUGAGUCCUGAACUAUUGCAGCAAAUCUACAGCGUCAGUGAGGAAGAACAAGUAUGUCAAGACUUACUCGAAAGUAUAGAAAAAAUAUGGUCAUCAGCUUCAUGCCUGAAUGGAUCAUUUUUGAAAGAAGAUCAUGCUGGUUGUAACAGUAAGAAUCAUGGUCUAGAUCUUAAAGGUGUUCGUGAACAGUUGAACGGAUUGGCUCAAAUGAGUAAUAAAACUCUUGUGUCCCUUAUUUGGAGCCAAUUGACAGAAAAUUUGAUUCCCAACUUGCCCAAGUCACCACCUCAUAUAGAAGCUCUCCGUUUAUACUUGAUAAUACCUGAAUUACCCUACAUGGACCAACCACAUCGGCACAGUAGUCUGAUUACUCCAUUUGGACUCAAAUUGAUCAGGCUUGAUAGAGCUGCACUUAAAGUUCUUGAAUUAUGGUGGGCAACUCUAGAAUCAAAAUAUUUUAGCAGAAUUGUUUAUGUCUACAAACAGUGUCUUAGUCAUGUCUUAUCUGUAGCUCCUGGUAGUGAAUCGGAGCAACGCAACAGAAGAAGAACUGUCCUGGUUUCCAUGGAGGUACUGAAAAAAUUGAAUUCUGUUAAUGAGAGCAAUGGCCAAAUCAUCCCUUAUCACCAAUUCUAUGUGCCUGAAGUGAAGGAGGCUGUUGAUAUCCGGAAGGACUACAUUCUGUGGCUCCAGAAAAACAGGUCUGCUGUUGUGGACAGAACAGAGAGUGAAAAUCCAUUAUUUUGUGAUUAUGCAUUUCUGUUUGAUGCAGCAACUAAAUCAGUCCUCUUGCAGACGGAUGCUCUCCGACAAAUGCAAUAUGCAAUUGAUGAAGUUAAUCUGCGUAACUUCACCAGCUUUUUCCAGGCUAUUGAUCCCAUCAACCCUUGUCUAGUAUUAUUUGUACACAGAGACAGAAUUAUGCAAGAUGCACUUGAUCAGCUUAAUAAAUAUGAUCACCAUGAUUUAAAAAAACCUUUGAAAGUGAUAUUUGUGGGUGAAGAAGCUGUUGAUGAAGGCGGCGUCACAAAGGAGUUUUUUAUGCUCAUUAUGCGUGAAAUUCUAAAUCCUGAUUAUGGAAUGUUUAAGUAUUAUGAAGAAUCCCGGCUUCAGUGGUUCAACAGUGAAACUUUUGAAGAGACUGACAAAUUCCACAUGAUUGGCACAAUCUGCGGCUUGGCUAUUUACAACUUUACCAUUAUUGUCUUACCAUUCCCAUUAGCAUUGUUUAAAAAAUUGCUGAACAGAUACUACAUCAUGCUCUCGUCUGGUUUUUUAAAUCAUCAUCAUCAUAAAAACACAUUUGGUUCUGCAAACAAGACAACUACACCAGCUCAUUUCAACCUUUUCAAACCUGUUGUACUUGAAGACCUCAAAGAACUGAUGCCAUCUGUUGGAAGGAGUAUUGAACAGAUUUUGGAAUAUGAUGGAGAUGAUUUUGAAGAAGUUUUUGAUUUGACAUUUGAGGUGUCUGUGGAAAGUUAUGGGAAAGCUAAAAGUAUUGAAUUGGUUACUGAUGGUUCAAAAAAAUCUGUCACAAAGGAAAAUAGGAAAGAAUUUGCUGAGGCUUAUGUGGAUUAUAUUUUUAACAAAUCAGUGGAAGAAGUUUUUCAAGCAUUUAGUGCAGGUUUUGUACGAGUUUGUGGUGGCCGAGCUUUGGAAUUGUUUCAUCCACGAGAACUGCAAGCUAUGGUUAUUGGCAAUGAUCAAUAUGAUUUCUUGGAACUGGAAAAGAACACUACUUACAAAGAUGAAUAUCAUCGUUACCAUACAACAAUCAAGUUCUUUUGGGAAGUCUUCUUAGAUUUAUCUUUAGAAGAAAAGAAAAAAUUUCUCUUGUUUUUAACUGGAAGUGACCGAAUCCCCAUCACAGGGAUGGGAUCUGUUAAGUUGAUCAUCCAACCAACCAAAGGUGGAGAAGAAUAUCUGCCUGUUGCCCACACCUGUUUCAACAUCUUGGAUCUGCCCAAAUAUAACUCCAAGGAGAAACUACAUGAAAAAUUGGUGCUGGCAAUCAAUCAAACAGAAGGUUUUGGCUUAGUGUGA